UAAAAACGUCAGUAGCUCUUUAGAGAGACCAAACCAUAAAAAAAUAGACAUGCCAUCAACCUGUCAUGCCAGACGGCUUCAGAUGCUAAGAGGAUUCCUGCUGAAACAGGUGCUCAGCUGGCGAAGUGUGUGUGUCCUCUAUUCCCUGUACUGCGUCCUGAUCCUGCCAGACGCCGGCGAGGCUGCCAAAGCACGCUGUGGACGAGAACUAGUUGCUGACCUGGAGUUUGUGUGUGGGGACCGUGGCUUUUACAGAGGCAAACCUGGAGCAGCCCGUAGCGGCGGUCCUCGCUCUCGUGGGAAAGGGAUCGUAGAGCAGUGUUGUGUGCGUGGAUGUGACCUCCAGCAUUUGGAGUCGUACUGUGCAAAACCCAAGAAGGUGCGGCGUGACGUCCCUGCAUCUCUGCAACAGACUCUGGAAGAUCAGUUUUGGCCGGUGUUUCAGAGGCAAUACCAGAAGCAUGCAGAGAUGAACAGAGAUGAGGAAGCUGCUUCUCAAAGACUCAGAGAGCGGACGCUUUACCGAUUGCGCUCCAGAGAUUCAGUAUUACUAACCAACCCACCCCCCUCGACACAACAGCAUCCUUCCACUGACACGGUGACAUAAGGACCAACAUUUAUCCACCACAUCCGAUAGUCAUGGCUCUUUUUGGAUCUGUGUGGACGCUAUG